CAGACACCGCUAUCAUUGGCGGCAGAGUUCGGGUAUGAUGCAGUUGUUAAGCUACUGCUAAAGAGCGAUAAGGUUGAUCCAGAAACUAAGAAUUUUUUUGACCAGACACCGCUAUCAAUGGCGGCAGAAAAUGGGAAUGAGGCAGUUGUUAAGCUGCUGCUUGAGAGCGGCAAGGUUGAUCCAGAUGCUAAAGAUCCUGAUAUUUGCCGGACGCCACUAUUAUGGGCGGCAGCAAAUGGGAAUGAGGCAGUUGUUAAGCUACUGCUAAAGAGCGAUAAGGUUAAUCCAGAUGCUAAAGAUUAUGACGGCCAGACACCGCUUUCAAUGGCGGCAGAGAAUGGGCAUGAGGCAGUUGUUAAGCUACUGCUUAAGAGCGGCAAGGUUGAUCCAGAUACUAAGGAUCGUCGCUGCCGGACGCCGCUAUUAUGGGCGGCAGAGAAUGGGCAUGAUGCAGUUGUUGAGCUACUGCUUAAGAGCGGCAAGGUUGAUCCAGAUACUAAGGAUUGUGACGGCCGAACACCGCUAUCAUUGGCGGUAAAGAAUGGGCACGAGGCAGUUGUUAAGCUACUGGUUGAU